AUGGCUUCGAUUGGCGGCCCUUCCGGAUACCUCGUCCAUCUCCCAGAACCUCUCGCAGUGCUCCCAGACCACAACACUGAUCGUGUACCAACAAUGGACAGGGAUGAUCAUGACAUCUAUCGUGGAGAACUCUCAUCAACCCCUAGGUCUACUUCCCCGUCCUCUGCAAGUUCUGCUUCGUCUUCGAGCUCCACCUCCGGCGGACAUCUCGGUGCACUCACCGCUGUUGUCGAGCAUGCAAUUGCCCGCUGGGCACGGGCUUGGGCCUCGUCGUCGUCGUUGGAGACAUCGUCUUCUUCUUCCGACAUGUCGAUGGUCACCAUGACCAAAUCCCAAAUGGCUCGGCGGCGCAGGAGGCGACGCAGCAUCGCAGAUGCCCACAACGCACGCUCAGAGCGUGAGGUGGCUGCUCGCAUCAAGGCUCGCGAGGAGUCCAGGCAUAUCCCUCGUGCAUUCGAUCUCUACGUGCCGUAUCCCUUGGACCUUCCGUCAGCGGGGACAGCCGCCGAUCCGGACGGGCUGCGCAAGCAUGCUGUGCAUACCUCAUCUCUCCCGCUAAUUUUGUCGCAUCUCGCUGCCACUCUGAGAGAGAAUGCGAAGGCACGGCGUGGCAGAAUUCACACUGUGUCUCCGGAAGCGCCUGCCUCUUCUCGCCUCCUCCUCCACGACUACAUGAUGCCGGAACAGUCGGCAGAGUCUCAUCUUUCAUUUGCCUUGCCAGAUGGACCCACGCGCCCGAGGAUGAGGAAGGGAAAAAGAAGAGCUGCUACAGCCCCCGCCGCGGCGAUGCAGAUGACGCUAUCUUCAGGCGACGAGACGGCAUGGUGGCUCGAUGUGGCAUCUCCUACCUGGGAGGACAUGAGCGCGAUUGGGAAGCUUCUGCAUCUGCACCCUUUAACGCUUGAAGAUAUCCUGCAACAGGAUCCGCGAGAAAAAAUAGAACUUUUCCCAAAAUUAGGAUAUCAUUUCAUUGCAUUCCGAGCCAUAGAAAGUCAGAAGACGCGGGAGCUGCGCUCCGUCAGCGGUGGCCACGAGCCAUCUCUCGGAGUAAUGGAGGAAGGUCUGGUUGGUGAAGUGAAUGUAUAUCUAGUUAUUUUCCGCGAUGGUGUCUGCUCGUUUCAUUUCGCAGAUAUCGGAGAGCAUGUGGAUCGUGUUCGGAACAAGAUUUUGAAACUUGCAGAAAGUGUUAACAUGUCCUCCGACUCGAUCGCUCACGGCAUCAUGGAUUCAAUCGUCGAUUCCGUGUUUCCAAUACUGGAUGGGAUCGAGAAAGAAGUGGCAGAGAUCGAGAACCAUGCGGCGUCGAGCUUUGACGACAAGGGGUACUCCGUGGAAACUGUUCAGACUACCUGUGACGGGUCGCAGAACUCGUCAUCCAACGACCAGCCAUCGAACGACGAGAAGAUGGAGUCGCCAAUUUCUAUGACGGAGAAGAUCGAGCUUGGGAGGCCUGUCGUCAGACGGAGGUCGCUUUUUUCGCUUCCCACCAAUGUUCCUUCGCUUCCUCGUCGGCUGCUAUACCACAUCCGCGAAAUUAUUUCACACUUCCGGGUUGUAUUCAUGCACUCUUCAAUCCUCACCACCACGGCUACCGUCCACCGCAUAGCGCGAACUCGGAAGAUCGUAACAUCGCUGGCCCGUUUCUUGGCCCAUAAGUCCGAAGUGGUAGCGCAGAUUCAGAAGCGCUUGUUUCUCACGGGUGGCACUGGAAACGGGAAGGACUAUGAGAUGUUUAUUUAUAUGGGCGACGUUCAAGAUCAUAUUCUGACGUUGCAACAAUCCUUGGCCCACUACGACCGCGUACUCAGCCAAGCUCAUCCAACGUACAUCGCUCGUCUCCGUCUUUCCUUGUCUCGAGCCCAAUCAGGGACUGACAGGGCUAUCCUCACUCUAACCACCAUCAGUAUAGGUGUAGUUGCCGUACAAAUGGUUAUCGGUCUGAACUCCAUGAAUGUCCUCCUGCCCACAAACAGCCACACUGGCCAUCGGUACUGGCUCUUUGGUAUUGUUAUUUCGGCUUCAACGCUCGUUCUACUCGCCUACGCACUGCUCCUCAGAUGGUGGUGGGUCGGGGCCAAGAAGAAGCGGAGGAAUUAUCUGUGA